AUGCUUUCGCCGCAGUCCUCGCUCCGCCGCCGUGGGCGAGGCUCGAUUUCCGAGUCGUCGGGACAUGCACGCACCGAAUCCGACGGCUUUGGCUCCUUCGUCGACUCCUCGUCUGCAUUCCCAGCGAGCUUCGAGGCGACGUCCUCGAACCCGCUCGGGGGUCAAGCUACAUCGUCGUCCGUGGCAUUCGCGUCUCCUACACGCACCCGUGCCGACUCGGCGUCCAGGCCACCAGCCAACGGCGCCAUUGUCGAGGAUGUCGAUGACUGGGCAGACGCAGACAUGGUCUCCAGCUUUUCCCCCGUUGAGCAGCACUUUCCAACCCAUCUUCCCAGCGCUGCUCCGUCCGCAUCAUCACCGAAGGCCGUGGGUCCAGCCAGCACCCGACCACCAGCGAGACGCAAGGUCAGCGGGACCGGCGUCUCCUCCGAAUGGGCCGAUUGGAACUCCUUCCUUGCCGCGCAUACGCUCCCUAUCCAGCAGUCCCAGCCUCAAGCCUCCGAUGCACACCCAAAACCACCACCAGGCGCGUCGAAUCCGGCCGACGAUGCCUUCCUUGACGCCUUCGAGGUCGCGACCAAUCCGACGCGCGCACCCUCGCCGCCCAUCAUUGACCUGCGCGAAGUGGAGAAGAAGCUCGACCGGAAGAAGCUCCAGCAGCAGAAGCAAGCACAACCGCCAGACCUCGGCUCGGCGGACGACGACUUCUUCUCGCGCUUCGAGCGCGCCCCACAGACGGCGUUGGGCCGCUCCAACCCGCUCGUGCUCGAGCCCGAGCAGCUCGAGAGCAUGCACGAUGCGCGCACCAGCCCCAUGCCCACCUCCCCAUCCGCACCACGACGCGACUCGUACUUUGGCGCGGCAGCGCAGCCGAAGCCGAUCGCAGGGAGCAGCGAGCCCAAGAAGGAGGCGGCGUCGUCGUCCAUGUCGCCCGCCUCGCCGUCGAGCUGGACGGGCAGCCUGCGCAAGACCUGGACCACGCUGCGGGGUAUCCAGAGCGAGAUCGCCAGCCACCUGCCCAGCGCGAGCGACUUUAUCGUUCCCGCAGACGAGGUCGAGGGCGAAACUGCGCAUGCAGGCGCGGUUGACUCGAAUCCCGGCGGCGGCCUGCUGUUCGCCACGGACGCACCGGAACAGUCGGACAUUGAGCUGGGACGACGCCACAGCGGCAGCAGCGGCACUGGUGGGCUGCCGCACGCCUCGGACUACAGCCAGGGCACGCCGUUUGCGCCGCACGCCAGCACGUCGGCCUUCUCGUCGGGCGCUGCCACUUCGGCAUCAAAGCACGGUGGGGCUGCAUCGCUGCGUGCGCGCGAUCUGUUUGCGUCGCCGAGCGCGGGCUCGCUAGGGGUCGACUCGCUCUCGAGCAGCGGCACGCUGCGGCGGGGUCCGGUGCAUGCUGCGACUGCGCCGAUUUCGGGUGCGCCCGGCUUCGAUGCGCGCUCGGAGAAGAAGUGGAACACGGGUCACUGGACGCUCGACGAGCGGGGGGAUCGCGAGCGCCGCGCGAUCGACGUGGUGCUGUCCGGCCGACGCGACGAGACCGAAGUAGUGGUGGAGGCAUGGCAUGCUGCGCGGCUGCAGGCGCUUCUUCCGCCGCGGUUGCAGCUCGGUAAGCGCUGGAGUUUGCUCUACUCGCUCGACCAGCACGGCAUCUCGCUGCAGACGCUGUACAACCGCGUCGCCUCGGGGCUGGACCCGACCAAGUCCGCGCGCUCUGUAUCGGGCGCAUUCGGGGAGGACAGUGGUGAUGCCGAGGGUUGGUUGCGCGGGGCGUCGCGCGAGACGCAGCAGGCAAUGGGCACCCGCGCCCACACCACCAUGCACGUCGGUGGCGGUCUCAGCAGCAUCUCGGACGCCGGGCUGGUGCUCGCCCUCAAGGAUGGCGACGACAACGUCUUUGGCGCAUUUGUCAACGAGAAGCUGCGUCCGCAGCAGCACUACUACGGUUCGGGCGAGUGCUUUUUGUGGAAGACGACUCGGUCUGGUAAAGAGGCGGGGGUGGAGAGGUUUCGAUGGACGGGCAAGAACGACUACAUGGUUCUGUCCGAGUCGACGUUCCUGAGUGUCGGCGGUGGCGAGGGCAAGUUUGGGCUGUGGGUGGAUGGCGCGUUGGAGAAGGGCGUCAGUGCGUGCUGUCCCGCGUUUGAUAACGAGGUGCUGUGCGAUGCCAAGCCGCGCGGGGAGGGGCAGCGCGAGGGCGAGAAGAGGUUCGAGUGCUACGGGCUCGAAGUGUGGGCUGUCGGCAUCGAUUAG